CGACACAUCCGCGGUCACACUGAAAAGGGGAGUGAAAUUGAUUUUCUGAUAAAAAUUUUCGCUUUUCGCUUGGAUCUCCUGAAUCCUUUGGGGCAAACUUAGCAUACAGGUUCUCUGGCCAGACUUCACAGCAGCCCACAGCGCACAAAAUGAUUGGUGGUUUGUUCGUGUACAACCACAAGGGCGAGGUUCUAAUCUCGCGAGUUUAUCGCGAUGACAUCGGACGCAACGCCGUGGACGCCUUUAGGGUCAACGUCAUCCAUGCCCGCCAGCAGGUGCGAUCGCCGGUGACCAACAUUGCGAGGACGAGCUUCUUCCACAUCAAGCGUGCCAACAUUUGGCUGGCGGCGGUCACCAAACAAAAUGUCAACGCUGCGAUGGUGUUCGAGUUCUUGCUGAAGAUCAUCGAGGUGAUGCAAUCGUACUUUGGCAAGAUCUCCGAGGAGAACAUCAAGAACAACUUUGUGCUCAUCUACGAGCUGCUGGACGAGAUUCUGGACUUUGGCUAUCCCCAGAAUACGGACUCGGGCACUCUGAAGACAUUCAUAACGCAGCAGGGCAUCAAGUCGGCCACAAAGGAGGAGCAGAUGCAGAUCACCUCCCAGGUGACUGGACAGAUUGGCUGGCGCCGCGAGGGCAUCAAAUACCGACGCAACGAACUAUUCCUGGAUGUGCUUGAGUAUGUCAAUCUGUUGAUGAGCCCCCAGGGCCAGGUACUGUCGGCUCAUGUGGCCGGCAAGGUAGUGAUGAAGUCUUAUUUGUCGGGCAUGCCCGAGUGCAAGUUUGGCAUCAACGACAAAAUCGUAAUGGAGUCGAAGGGACGAGGCCUCUCGGGCAACACCGAGGCGGAAACAUCACGUUCCGGCAAGCCGGUGGUCGUCAUUGACGAUUGUCAAUUCCAUCAGUGCGUCAAGCUGAGCAAGUUCGAGACGGAACACUCGAUCAGCUUUAUCCCGCCGGACGGUGAAUUCGAGCUGAUGCGGUAUCGCACCACCAAAGACAUUUCGUUGCCAUUCCGUGUUAUUCCGCUGGUGCGCGAGGUGGGGCGCACCAAGAUGGAGGUGAAGGUGGUGCUCAAGUCCAACUUCAAGCCCUCGCUGCUGGGCCAGAAGAUUGAGGUGAAAAUACCCACGCCUCUGAAUACCUCGGGUGUGCAAUUGAUCUGCCUCAAGGGCAAGGCCAAGUACAAGGCCUCCGAGAACGCCAUUGUGUGGAAGAUCAAGCGCAUGGCGGGCAUGAAGGAGACUCAGCUGUCGGCCGAAAUAGAACUGCUUGAAACCGACACCAAGAAGAAAUGGACACGACCACCGAUUUCCAUGAAUUUCGAAGUGCCCUUCGCCCCAUCCGGCUUCAAGGUUCGCUAUCUGAAGGUGUUCGAGCCAAAGCUGAACUACUCCGAUCACGACGUGGUCAAAUGGGUGCGCUACAUCGGGCGCAGCGGCCUCUACGAGACCAGAUGCUAGACAAUCAACCAAUCCUGCAGCAAGAGUGUCACAGUUAAAUUGAAAUGAAGGGAAAGGAAAGGAAAGCGUAUAAUCGCCCCUUAUUGGUAUUUCCUCAAUCAAAUUGAACAAGCAGUUAAUGUAUUCCAAAAUUAGUUCCAGCAAGACGGCGGGCCUCCAAGUAGUGGAUGGAUCCCGCCACCACCA